GCCGUUCGACAUUUAAACCCCGAUCUGCCGAUCAUUAUCCCAACUGAAGCCCAAACCUGAGCCUACGGCUCCGUGUCCUCGUCUCCAUAAGAUACCACGCCGAGCCUCAUUUCGAGCCUAGCUACGAUAUAUAAUCUGCGCUUUAUAUCUCACUCGGAGCCUUAGGCUCGGAUCCAUACGUGACCAUUUUUUCACCAGCUGUUUCGGGCUUUCCCUUGCCGAUCUCUCUCCAUUUCUCAGCUUCACUCCUUCAAGAAGGGAAGAUACUGACGGAGUAGAUUCACUUUGGAGCGACAAUCAUGGCGCAGAGUAAUUGGGAAGCCGAUAAGAUGCUUGACGUCUACAUUCAUGAUUAUUUGUUGAAAAGAAAAUUGCAUAAUUCUGCGAAGGCCUUCAUGGCAGAGGGAAAAGUUGCUAGUGAUCCUGUGGCUAUUGAUGCGCCUGGAGGAUUUCUGUUUGAAUGGUGGUCCGUGUUCUGGGACAUUUUCAUUGCACGAACAAAUGAGAAGCAUUCUGAGGCUGCUGCAGCCUACAUAGAGACACAACAAAUUAAAGCAAGGGAGCAGCAGCAGCUACAGUUCCAACAGUUGCAACUCAUGCAGCAGCGCAAUGCCCAGUUACAGAGGAGGGAUCCGAACCAUCCUCCACUGGGUCCUAUCAACUCAAUGAAUUCUGAAGGAAUGGCCGGGCAGCAAUCUGCAAGUGUUUUACCUAUGAAAAUGUACGAAGGACACGUGAAGCACCCGAAUCCCAUUGACUCAGAAACAUCUGCAGGCCUGAUGGAUGCUAGUAGGAUGGCACUGCUCAAGUCAGCUUCCAGUCAACAAGGACAGAUGAUUCAAGCAAAUUCUGGCGGCAUGUCUGUAGCAUUGCAGCAAAUACAAGGGCGGCCCCAGCUAGCCACUGACAUCAAACAAGAAGUUAACUUGGGUGGACCUCAGAAGUCUUUGCCAAUGGACCCAUCAUCUAUAUAUGGGCAGGCAAUUCUUCAGUCAAAAUCUGGUCUUGGGGGUGCAGGGUUAAGUCAAGGAGUAACUAGUCUACCGUUGAAUGGUUGGCCGCUAACAGGAAUUGACCAAUUGAGGCCAAGUUUGGGUUUACAAGUACAGAAACCCAAUCUGCAGACACAAAACCAGUUCCUAUUGGCAUCACAGCAGCAGCAGGUUCUUGCACAAGCUCAGGCACAAGGAAACCUUGGAAAUUCAGCUAACUAUGGGUUUGGAGGAUUACCGAGGAGUAAUUUUAAUGCCCAGGAUGGUCAGCCACCCAGAAAUGAUGGAUCCAUUUGCUCUCCUGCGCAAUCAAAUUCAUCAAAGAACAACAGGAAAAGAAAACAACAUUCUUCAUCAGGCCCUGCUAACAGUACAGGUACGGGAAAUACGGUAGGACCUUCCCCUGGUUCACCCCAAUCAACACAUACACCUGGUGAUGGGAUGGCCACUGCUAGCAGCAUGCAGCAUGCUAACAAUAUCUCCAAGAGUGUGAUGAUGUAUGGUGCGGAAGGAGCUGGUGGAAUUGCAUCAUCUACAAAUCAGCUUGAUGGUUCUUUUGAAGACAAUGUUGAUUCUUUUUUGUUACCUGAUGGGGGAGAUGGAAAUCCAUAUGGCUCUUUCAAACAAACUCCUAAUGAACAAAAAACUGAGCCUUCAAAAGGUUUCUCAUUUGGAGAAGUUGGUUGUAUUCGGACGAGAAAUAAGGUGACUUGUUGCCACUUUUCUUCCGACGGGAAGUUGUUAGCUAGUGCUGGGCAUGAUAAAAAGGCUGUUCUGUGGAACAUGAACAAUAUGCUAACCGAGACCACACCUGAAGAACAUCAGUACCUGAUUACGGAUGUCCGCUUCCGGCCGAACUCAACUCAACUUGCUACGGCCUCAUUUGAUAAGUCUGUCAGAUUAUGGGAUGCAGCUAAUCCAAGCUAUUGUCUGCAUGCUCACACAGGGCAUUCUUCCCACGUGAUGUCCCUCGAUUUCCAUCCUAAGAAGACUGAUCUCUUCUGUUUCUGUGAUAGUAGCAAUGAAAUUCACUAUUGGAGCAUUAGCCCAUUUUCAUGCACCCGGGUUUCCAAGCAAGGAGGAAGUGCACAGGUGAGAUUUCAACCCAAAAAUGGACACCUGCUGGCAGCAGCAUCGGACAAGGUGGUCUCUAUAUUCGAUGUUGAGAACGAUAGACAGACCCAUUCCUUUCAGGGACACUCGGGCGUGGUGAACUACCUGUGCUGGGAUCUUAGUGGUGAACUCUUGGCCUCUGUAAGUGAGGACAGUAUUAGAGUUUGGUCAUUGGCCUCCGGAGAGUACAUCCAUGAGCUCAAUGCCAAUGGCAACCAAUUCCAUUCCUGUGUUUUUCAUCCAAGUUAUUCUGCUCUUUUGGUGAUUGGAGGCUCGCGGUCUCUAGAGCUUUGGAACAUGGUCGAGAACAAAAGCAUGACGGUCCCCGGCCCUGCACAUGAUAACAUAGUUGCUGCCUUGGCACAGUCACCAACUGGGAUGGUCGCCUCUGCCAGCCAUGACAGCUCGCUGAAGAAAAUAUGUCAAACUAUCGUUGAUUGCUUUUGC